GUAACGAGAUACACGAAACUGUUUGACAUUACCGUUCAAAACCAGAUCUGCCCUCUUUAGCUGCUCUCGCGUUCCACGUUCUCCAUUCGAACAAGCCAAAUUUAUCAUUGUUAAUCAAAUACACAAACCUAAUUUUAUAUUAUUUUAAAAAUUUUAUUUGAUAGGAUAUCCCACCAUUCUUUUCUUAAAUUGCAUCCCACUUCGAAUGAAUCGAAUCCCAGGAUUUGUUCAUCUUCACUUAUAUGAUUAAAUAAUAAUAAAAAAAUCAGUUAUUCUUAUAUAACCCUUUUUUGUAUUUCAAUUUGGUCAAUAUUUUGAUUUCCUGAGAUUCUCCUUACACCACAAAAGCGUGAUACAAAUUUUUUACAGAAUCAGCAUAUUAUUGCAUAAAUUUUCGCCUUAAAUUGAGAAAUUGAGCAUUAACCAUUGUUGAAAAUUGAUCAAAAUGGGGAGUUUAGGAGCAAUUUUGAAACACCCAGAUGAAUUUUACCCACUUUUGAAGUUGAAGAUGGCUGUUAAGGAAGCUGAGAAACAGAUCCCAUCUGAAUCUCAUUGGGGUUUUUGUUACUCUAUGCUUCAUAAAGUUUCCAGAAGUUUUGCUCUUGUUAUUCAGCAACUUGGCACUGAACUUCGCAAUGCUGUAUGUGUCUUUUACUUGGUCCUUCGAGCCCUCGACACUGUAGAGGAUGAUACAAGCAUAGCUACGGAUGUCAAAUUGCCUAUCCUGAAAGCUUUUCAUAAGCACAUAUAUGAUCGUAAAUGGCAUUUUUCUUGUGGCACAAAACACUACAAAGUUCUCAUGGAUGAGUUUCAUCAAGUCUCAACUGCUUUUUUGGAGCUUGAAAGAGGUUACCAGUUGGCAAUUGAGGAUAUUACCAAAAGGAUGGGUGCAGGAAUGGCAAAAUUUAUCUGUCAGGAGGUAGAAACAGUUCGCGACUUUGAUGAAUAUUGCCACUACGUAGCAGGACUCGUGGGUUUAGGGUUGUCUAAGCUUUUCCAUAACGCAGGUUUGGAGGAUCUUGCUUCGGAUGAUCUUUCCAAUUCAAUGGGUUUAUUUCUUCAGAAAACCAAUAUUAUUCGUGAUUACCUCGAAGAUAUAAAUGAGAUUCCAAAAUGUCGCAUGUUUUGGCCUCGGGAGAUAUGGAGUAAAUAUGUCAACAAACUUGAGGACCUGAAAUAUGAGGAGAACUCUGAGAAGGCAGUUCAAUGUUUAAAUGACAUGGUCACAAAUGCUUUAUUGCAUGUGGAAGAUUGCCUAAAGUACAUGUCGGCUCUGCGGGAUCAUGCUAUAUUCCGGUUCUGUGCGAUUCCACAAAUCAUGGCCAUUGGAACUUUAGCUUUAUGCUACAACAACGUUGAAGUCUUCAGAGGUGUGGUUAAAAUGAGACGUGGUCUCACCGCUAUAGUUAUCGAUAAGACAGACUCGAUGCCUGAUGUUUAUGGCGCCUUCUACGAUUUUGCCUGCAUGAUAAAACCAAAGGUUGACAUGAAUGAUCCAAACGCCAUGAAAACACUAAGUAGAAUCGACGCUAUCGAGAAGCUAUGUAGGGACUCCGGAACCCUGAACAAAAGGAAACUGUACAUCGCGAGUACCAAGUCGACAUACACUCCAAUCAUGGUGAUGAUGGUAUUCAUUGUAUUGGCAAUCUUCUUCCAUCGUUUAUCAGCCAACCGACAGAAUGAUUAAUAACUAAGCUCGGGCAUGGCGUCUUAUUUAGCGCUACUUUAUCUAGGUGUGAAAGCAUGGCUUGUUUGAUUAAUUACUUUGUAAUAUACUCCUAUUUGGAAGUAUGUAGCAUAUGAAUCACUUAAGAGAUGAAUGUAUAAGGUUCUAAAUUUCUUAAGCUUAUAUUCUAAUUAUUGUUUAGGCUUCAGCAUAAAUUGAAGAGUUACCAGAAUUUGCUGAACCAUCAUGUCCAUCAAUAAUUAUGUUACAUGAAGGAUUUGAUUUUCGCCACAAAAA